AUGCUGGACACUUCCUGCGUUGUCCCGUCAGGCGCAGCUUGCCAGGCGCCCUCGCCAGGCGCAACCCUUCGGCAAGUCGGCACGCAACCGACAGUGACAAAGUCUUUCCAGGCUCAGAUGCAAGCGCCAGGUUCUACGUUCUUGCCGCCGUCGCUGCCAAUGGCCGCCGGAGCCAAUGUGCACGCCGUGCUCGGCGGCGCGUGGGCCGGACAGAGCGUCUUCCCGCAGUCUCCGUGCGCGGCGCUCGGCAUGCCUGCAAGCCCUCUAGGCUCCUUCACCCAAAUCAACCUUCCUGAGGGCGUAGACAUUACUCAGAUGCAUCCCAUGAAGGAGACCAUCAUCAACGAGGUGCCGCCUUCUGAAGACUUGCCGGUGCUCUACAGCCACUCCAUGGAGAUGCAAGGCGUUGUGCCGUCUGGGCCUCUCGUUCCCACGAAUGUCCGACCUCCUCAAAACAUAGUCGCCGCUGGCCUCGGCCCAGCGGAAGUCCCCCAGAUGCUCACGGGUUCACCUUUCUUCCAUGCAGCGCCUUCGGCUCCUCAGUGUCCUCUCCUCAGCCCAGAAGCCCCGACCCUUGCGUAUCUUCAGCCGAUUGUCCAGCAGAAACACAUGCAGAAGCUGCUGGAAGAGCAAAACCGACAAAACUCAACCCUUGUUACUCCGCAGCAGGAGAUUCAGCGAGUCAUGAAUGUGGAAGCUCAGAAACAGGCUAACGGCGUGCGCAUGAUGCAAAAUCGCGUUCUCGCUCAGGAACCUACAGAAGGUUUCGGGGUCAUCACUGUCCCUGAUGGAAAUGCCGGCAAGUACAAUCAAAUGAUGCAUCAGAUGAAGCAAACGCUGGAAGCAACAGGACAGAUGGCAGGUCCGAUUCCCAAGGGCAUUCGCCUUUACGAGAUGCUCCAGAACAACUUGCCGACCUGCAUGUCGGACUUUAUCAACUCGAGAAACCGCCACGCAGAAGAGGCCAUCAAGCUCUGUCGUCGAUGGGGGGGACUUGAGCCUGCGCCCGAGAAGCAGGAAGUCGAGACGGCCGACCAGGAGGCAGAGCCGGAGAAGGCGAGCAAUGACGAGAAAGAAGGCCCUGAAGCGGCCUCCUCGGCGACCACUGUUCGCGAUUCCUCUGUCCCAGCGUCACAGGCGAGCUCGGAAAACUUUGAGCACUUCUCAGUCAAGGAUUUGUGCGUCGUCGCCGCGCCGCACCCUUCAGUGCUUCGCCAACUUCGCUCUGAGCAGCUUUCACAGCAAACAGAGACUCCGCAGGCGACGCAGACUCGGAGCUCGUCGGAGGCAGUUGUUGACGGCGACGAGGCCCAAGCUGAGCAAGAAGACAGCCGCCUUCCGUUGGAGCGUCUCCUGCAUGCCCAGAACCAGAAGAUCGGCUACCUGGAACACCUGCUGGAACAGCAGAGAGCGUCGCACUUCUACACAGGCUACGAAGGCGCCUACCCAGAGUUCACGGGGUACGAUGGGAGUCGCAGCAGCUCCGGCUUUUCGCAAACCGCAGCCGCGUCUCGCCAGGGGACCGACAGCCGGGCGCCCGGCGCCUGGGACAGUCGAGCCGCGAGCGGCCAAGCAGGCGGCAGCAAGUUGACGAAACCGGAGAGAAAGUCGACCCUAGCCCCUGGAUCCUCGCAGAAUGCUCGAAGCGUGAAGCCUUCCGCCGGCGUCAAGGGCUCCAGUCGCGCGUCCAGCAAGGACAACGCAGGCGUCGCCAACGCAGGGAAGGAGGCUGACCUCGACGAGGUGUUCCGCCGCUUCGUGGAGGCGCGCGCAGCGGUGCCGCUCAGCCGCUGUCUCCGCCGUGUCCAGAAAGGCGUCUACUUCUUGGGCGACUUGAAGGUUCUUGUGAAGAAGUCACACAACGGCGACAUCCUGUGCAUGGCGCAGCACGACGUGUCGCGACAGCGCGGAUCCCUCGGCGAGUACGGAAAGAAGUUUAUCUCGCUCGAACGCUUCUGGACGCAAAUGUGCAAACACCUGGAGAGCGCGGAGUAG